AUGGGGAGAGCACCGUGUUGUGAGAAGGUGGGACUGAAGAAGGGGAGAUGGACGGCGGAGGAGGACGAGAUACUCUCGAACUACAUAAAGGAGAAUGGAGAAGGUUCCUGGAGAUCAUUGCCGAAGAAAGCAGGUAUACCUAUAUGCAGAUAUGGUCGGCAUUUCUUUACAGAAAGACCAGAAAGUCUAGAUUCCGAUAUUGAUUUCUUUUCUACGAGCUCCUUUGGAGCAUGGGAUUCGUUCCCUUCUCAUGUUUGUUUCUCGCCCAUUGAUAUGGGUUAACCCUGAAGGACCUCUCUCUCUCUCUCUCUCUCUCUCUCUCUCUCUCUCUCUCUCUCUCUGACAGGUCGAAUUCCCGUCGAUGAUCUUCUCUAUCAUGGAUUAACCCUUAACUCUCUCUCUGCUCUUCACUGUCUGCAUUGCCGACGCUCCUGAAGGUCUCCUGAGGUGCGGGAAGAGUUGCAGACUACGCUGGAUAAACUACCUGAGAACUGACCUCAAGCGGGGAAACAUCUCCUCGGAGGAGGAGGAGACCAUCAUAAAGCUUCACUCUUCUCUCGGCAAUAGGUAAAAGAAUCGUUCAAAUAUCUUACCGAUUUCAUUCAACAGAAAACCCAGAAUAUAUCAUUGGCUCUGUCGUCCAAUUCACGAAAAGCCCGAGUUUUAGACGACCACUGUAAACGAAUAAGACAGGAAACAUAAAUACAUCGAUUUGUACGACCAUGGGGAUCUUUUGCUCUCCGUGACCCUUUACUCGCCCUUUGUUCACGGUCGCACGUGGUAGUUGCAUGAAUGAUCUCUUCUGUGUGGAGAGAAACAAUAAAAUAAAAUAAAAUAGAAAGGUACUGGGGACGAGGGACUCACGAGUGACCUGCAUGGUACGCAGAUGGUCCCUGAUAGCCGCCCAUCUCCCCGGAAGGACGGACAACGAGAUCAAGAACCACUGGAACUCGCACCUCAGUCGUCGGAUCCACUGCUUCCGGAGGGGAGCCUUCCUGAUCAUGGACCCCGGGAAGAUUCUCAGCGUGGGACGGCGGCGACGUGGCGGAAAAACGAGCCGGUCAAUGAUGAAGACCGCCGCCGGCGGACCCGCCGCGAAGGCCAGACAGAGGGAGACCGGCGGCGACGGCGGCGCGAUUAAGACCAAGCCAGCGGCGUCUCCGCCGCCGCACCAGAGCCAAUCCGCCGGCGAGGAAGACCUCCUAGUCGGAGAGGUGAUGCUCCCGAGCGAGCUCUGGGAAGCGAACGACGAUAUCGAUAUCGGAGGGGAAUUAUUCUGCUCGAGCUGGACAUCAGGAGACGAGUUCAUGAGCUCGAGGUCAACGAGCGAGGGCAGGGAGGCGGAGCCCACGCCGGCAACGAGCGGGGAGACCGACUCGGCCAUGGGGGGCGCCACGGAAGCCCUCGAUCGCUCAUGCGGCAGCAGCGCAACGUUUGACAGGCCGGUGGAGGAGGACUGGGAGGCCAUGACGGCGAAGCUGUGGGAUGAGGCGGGAGAUGCCUGGCCGUGGCAGCUGGAGGACCUCGGACGGGAGCACGUCGUUGAACCCUUCUACGACGACAGCGCUCUAGACAGCUGGUUCAUCUCCCACGUCCUGUCGUAA